CUGAUGACAGACAGUGACACACCUCCCCUUUAAGAGACUUUCCCUUUAACUUCACCUGAACACACCUGAACUUCCCCUACGGAAGUUUCACUACAGUUGAGGAAAGGAAAAACAAUCCAGAAAGAAAAAAUACAUCCUGUGCUGAAAUAUGGGGACAAAGGGCCCUCCUGGACCAGAAAAGGUGCUCAAAAUCCCCGAAUGGGUAGCAGAUGUGGGCAAGAUAACAAAGAAUGUGAACAGCACUGAGGAGGAGAACAAAGAAGAAAUGGUCAAAUCUGCAAGUAUGGAACCCAGUACCCUACAGUGGCCUGAGAAUAAAGCUGAACCACAGAUUCAGAUGCCAGUCAAGGUUGGGGAGAGCACAAGUGUGAAAUCAGAUUGCAUCUCACUCCACGGGGGAGUGAGCCGGACGGAGAGUGAGAGGGAGGAGUUUUUGCUUAAGGAGAUGGAUACAGGGAAAGAGAGUUUUUCUGACUCUGAGCUGAAAAACGGAGUGAAAAGCACCGGCUCGGAGAUAGAGGUGGAGGAGGUGAACAUGAUGCCAGAGAAUGCAGCCCGAGUCUUCAGCCCCAGCAUCUCCAUCCUGCGCUCCACUAGCAAGCAGGAGGCUGCAGACCACUUGAGAGAUGAUGAAGAAGAGAAAAGUCCCUUCAUGGGGACACAUGGGACACAUGGAACACCGCUAGAAGACUAUUACCAGGACUGGUCCGUCACAUCAAAAUCACGCUGCUGUAGCUCUGGCGGAUCUUGUCGUGAUGCUCUUAAACUGGGUGCAUCUAUGUUCACUUCUGCCCUGAUCUUCCCCUUGCUGGUAUGGGGUGGCUAUGUCUUUCUUCCCUUUGAUGCCCCUCUGCUUGACAGCGCCCCCCUACGGCUGGUCUACACACUGCGCUGCUCUGUUUUUGCAGUCAUACCUAUUGUCCUCGGUAUGUUGGUACUAGGUGUGUCCCGUCUGAGGUAUCGCUCCUUGAAGCCACGGUUUGAGGGGGAGGGAGAAAUUAAGCAGGUGGCAGUUCACCAGCGUUAUGUGGAAGACUCAGUCUCGCUCUUUCUCCUUUACUUCCUCCAACUGGCUGUCAUGGCUGCCUACCUAAAUCAGAAUCUGCUCAAACUAAUUCCUCUUCUCACCAUCAUUUUUGCCUUUGGCAGAUUACUGUACUGGGUCGCAGCAGCUUGUGACAGCAGUGUGAGAGGUGUUGGCUUUGGGUUUUCGUUUCUGCCAAUGCUGGUUAUGCUGGUGGCCAACCUCUACUUCAUCUUCCUCUCUGAAUCUGCAGGCUCCAUCUUUGCCCCAGACAUCCCAGAACCACCUGUUCCUUCAACAAAACAGCGGUUCUGGGGCUAAACAUGCCACAUCUGACACCUCUGCUACUGCCAAAUGUAGACCAGAUCUCUUUAGGCUUAGAGCCAGCUUAAAUAGGACUAUAAGACAUUUCUGAGAAUGUUUAAUCCAAUUUAUUUUUCCCUUCCUUUUCUUUACUUUCCUGAGUACUUUUAUAUCAUGACCAGGUGGGUUGAAAUUGAAAGAACUCCAGUCAAAGGAAAGAGAGGAGGGGUAGAACAAAGGAGGGAUUUUUUUUUCCUCGAACUAACUUAUAAAUAGAAGUUGUGUACUGAAACUUUAGACAUUAAACUACAAAUUAAAAUGAACAACCCUUUAUUGCACCAAACACAAAACCAAAGCUCAAAAGAGCUCCAAAUAUACUGUUUUCAUCUCAUCUAUUUUAAGAAGAGAAUGUCAACAAGAAGAAAACAAAUAUCCAAUUAUUUAUUCCAAUAUAUAUAUAUAUAUAUAUAUUUUUUUUUUUUUUUUUUGGAGUCAGGCAUUGAUUGCUUAUUCAAGUCUUUAUUGUUUGGUGUGUGAAGGUAGUGGCCUGCCCAAACUUGUCAUUUUCCACAACCACUCCUACAUCUCUUUGGUAAUUUAAGGACAAUAUGACGUUUACUGUGUGCUAAGUGGAGACAUAUAUUUUAGCAGAUAUAUUUAAAUAUAUGACUUCAGUAAUCAAAUUAGAAGAUCUCUAAAUGAAAUACUAAUCAAAGCUGUAAAGAGAUAUAAGAAAACUGUAGCCAAGUGCAAUUGAAUGUGUUAAGAUGGAAUUAAUUUCUGUUUGUUAUAUUUGCAUAAACAUUUUGAACAAAUCCAA